CUGGGGUAGAUUCAAGAUGACAUCGUCGUGCUGACACAGGCUGCUCGACACUAUUUUGGAACUUCUUUUGAUUUGUUACUUUCAUCUUUCUGCCCUGCUAAUUUGCUUAGGUUUGCAUGCUUGCUCGCCAGGGCAAACAACCUGCACACCUGACAGACCUACUGCAAUCAAUGCUUCGUCUCCAGCAAAGCGACCCUUCACACUGUGAUAGGAUACCAUAAUGCCUGCAGAUGUGAUUGACCUGCUGUCGAGUUCGGAGCCAUCGUCACCACCCAAUGCUAUAAAUUUGCCGACAACUUCGCCAUCAGUCCUGAAUUCACUCAGAAACCAAGCAGAAAACAAAUGUGAUCAUUCAACAUUGGCCAACCGGCUGACCGGUUCAGGGUCUCCCCCCGCACAGCCCUCUAAGUCAUCCGUAUCGGCUGUGGCAACGAAGCGUUCCAUUGAUUUACUACAGCGAAGCCAAGAAAUACUACUCUACUCGGAUGACUUCGAGACAACGAUAGAUCUAUCAUAUGAUGCCGGAUCCGAAGAUCGUGCUGUCAAGAGAGCACGUGUCGCCGGUAGCAGUGAGGUUCUUGCCAAGUCCUCAACCUCUGUUACGAGUACCGCAGGAACAAGAGCCGAUCGUCAACACUUGUUACGGCAGCAAAGGGCAUCUGCACUUGAUCCUAUUGAGUUUACAAGCUCUCCCGACCAAGUCCCUGUUCGAAAUAAGGGCAAAGGCCGCGCCACUGUCCUGCCUGACGACGAUGACCCGUUCGCUAGUUCCCCGCAGGUAGUGCACCGAAAGGAGAAUAUCAAACCGUCAGGAGCACAAUCUAAAGAGAGUAUACCACUGCAGCCCUCAAGUUUUCAGGAUCCGUUCGCAAGUAGCAGCCCGCUCCAGCCCUUGAAAUCCCCACCACCAAAAGCCGCAUGUCGUUCCCCAAGAAGACCGACAGCAUGGGAUCCUAUAUCUAGCUCCAUGCCCGAAGUCUCCCUCGGGCCUAGAGAAAAUGUUCUCAGUUCGCCAGUAGCCCUUCCGACCACCCGAAAGCUAGCCAAGGCACACUCUGAAGUGAUCAGUCUCUUGGACUCGGAUGGCGAUAGUCUCGCCUCCCUUGCGUCUGAUGAUUCCUUGCCUGAUGUAACAGACAUUGCGGCCAAGGUAAAAGCAAGUCUUGAUGCCAGGUAUCCUUCUUUGAGCAAAGGUUGUCGCGCCAUUGUCAGACAAACUUCAAAAUCACCGCCGCCUAGGAAAAGACCUGUUGCAUCAAGGUCCAAGCCAGGCAGUAAUAUGACGGCCGUAAAUUCUACCACUACCGGUAGUGGGGUCGCUGCAGCGGAAAGAGCACUUGAAAAGCAAGACAAGGCCGCUGCGCGCAAGGCAGAGUCGGAGCGUAAGAGGUUAGAGGUGGAACAGGCAAGGGUAGAAAAGAAACUCGAAAAGGAGCGUGCAAAAGCGCUCGCAGAGGUCAACAAGAUCCGAACGGAUAAGAAACAAUCCACACCCGAGAUGAUUGUUGAUCUUCCCAGCGGCUUAAACCCUAGAAUCAAGUUACAGGUCGAGACUCUGCUCAAGGAUCUCCAAGUCAAUACUUUAACCAGCAGUACCCCGGUCAGUAACACUGUCCGGUGGCGCAGGAAGGUUACGGCUGUGUACAACGACGAGGCAGAGCGGUGGGAGCCUGUUCCUUUGCGUCUGGAGAAGGAAGAGCAUGUCAUGGUGUUGAUGCCCGCCGCUGAGUUCGUGGAGCUCGCGCGAGGUGACGCUGGUGACCAGGUCCCUGACGCCGAUGAAGAUGCCGAUAAUGAUUACAUAGCAAUUCCAACGCUUGAAGAUCAUGUCAGCCGUAUGCAAACUCAUUUUCCAGGCUCAAAGCUCAUAUACCUGAUUGAGGGCAUGCCGAAGUGGAUGAGAAGCAACCGCACAAUUCAAAACCGACAGUUCGCUGCUGGCGUCCGCAGUCUUGCAGCACAGGUACCUGCGCCGUCUGCUCAUGCCGAAGGUUCUCAGGGCUCACAACGGCGGAGGAAACCGGCCAAACAAAAGAAGACCCCAGUCUACGUGGAAGAGGGCAUUAUAGAGGAUGCAUUGAUGCGGCUUCAAGUCAUACAUAGCGCCCUCAUUCACCACGUUGAUACUGAGUUGGAGACUGCCCAGUGGAUAUCUGUUUUCACACAACACAUAUCGACGAUCCCGUACCGUCGCAGCCGGGAUGCAACCAACGAUCGUGCGGCCUUUUGCAUGGACACGGGCCAGGUGCGGACGGGCGAUGAUGCGGGGGAUGCCUAUGUGCGAAUGCUGCAGCAGAUGACGCGCGUGACGCCCGCCAUCGCAUACGGCAUCGCUGCUGAAUAUCCCACUGUUUCUCAGCUCGUCGGUGGCUUUGAAUCCCGAGGCCCGCUGAUGCUCGAGGGGUGCCGCAAGAGUACCAACAAGGACGGCGCCUUUUCUGAUCGGACCAUCGGGCAGGCUCUCAGUCGCAGGCUAUACAAGGUCUUUACUGGGCGGGAUGAGGGGAGUACGGAUGUAUGAUGGGAGGUGACGUGUGGGCGUUGCUGCUGCUCGACUUUUAUGAUGAUGCAAUAUUGUUUGAUGCUUUACGCGGUAACUAUGUCAGUCA